AUGGGAUAUUCACAAGUUACUAAUAACGAUCAAUCACUAUUUUUUUCAACUUUUCCAACACAAUCUGAAGUUCGCCAUCACCACCAGCCCCAACCGAUAGCUUCAACUCACCAUAAUCACUAUAAUCAAUAUAAUCAAUAUGAAAAUGAGGACGACGACGAUGAUUAUCAAUCUUCAACACAUAAUUCUUCAUUUUUAUAUGGAAUACCCAUAGAUAUUUUUCAAGAGGACCAAUCUACUGAAGCUGCCUCAAUUUAUAAAAACGCUCCUCCUUCGACUUCAAUAAUAAUAUCUCCCAACAACAAUCCACUUUCUGAAGGUUUGCUACCUUCUUGUUCAAUACCGCCUCUUUUAUCGGCCAAUACACGUAGAAAGUAUAAGGAUCCAGGAUGUGCAGUCUUGUUUGUUUUAUUAUUUGCAACGAUGACGCUUUCUGGUUUAGUUUUACUAUUUACUACUAGUUCAACUCCAUUAAAAGAAUAUGCACAAAAUUCAAUCUUCUUUGCCAUCCGUGAUAGCACAGGGCUUUUUUUUAUUUCAAUUGUAUUUUCUCUAUGGAUGGUUUUUCUUUGUACAUAUUUACUUCGUUCUUUUGUGCAGAUUUUUGUAUGGGUGACUGUAAAAGCUGUCCCUUUUGUUGGAAUAUCACUAUUUAUAUGGACGAUAACAGAGGCCUUCACAGGCGCACUUCGUGAAUCAGGAAAACCAGAUCCUCAAGACGAUUGCAGAGUUUUUCUUCUUGGUCGUAUGGUACAAGAUUCAACAGAAACAACUUGGAUUCUUGAUUCUGAUGCACCUUUAUUGAUUACAUUCUAUGUCUUGAUGUAUUUUUGGGUAACAUCAGUUUUGAAUAAUGUUCAAAGGCAUGAGGAAAAUUUUUAUUAUGAAAAUUCUCAAUUAAAAUUGAAAAAUUGGUACUUUCAUAGAAAUAAUCCAGAUCGUGACAGCACUCAAGACACUACUUCCUUAGCUCUAAACAGAGCAACCACAACUUCUUUGGGAACCAUAUGUUUUGGAAGUUUGGUUCUUUCUGUGAUUUAUACUUUUCAAAAAAUUAUUGAAAUAUCCAAUAAAUACUUUAGUCAAUAUGGAUGUUUCUAUUAUUUUACAGUUUGUCUGGAAUGUAUAAGUGGAAUCGUAGAUAAUUUCAAUAAUUAUGUAAUGGUUUAUGUUGGUAUUUCAGGUGAAAGUUUCCUUACAUCAUCAAGAACGGCCACUGAAUUGUUUAAAAAAAAUCUUGUUGAUAGAUUAGUUGAUGUGUGUAAAGAAAUUAUUGGCAAAAAAAUUGCAAAAACUUGA